AUGGCGAAGGUGGAGAAGAAGUUAGUUAAGUCCAAAAGCGGCUACAAGAUGGUCACUGUUGAUGAGAGAAUAACCAGUCCCUUUACAAUCGACGAGCCACCGUGGACACCUGAUUACGCUUGUAGUAAUUGUCAGAACGGGGAGUGCCACAUCAAGUUUGAUUUUUUGAAACGAAAGCAUCACUGCCGGAGAUGUGGCCAGUGUUUCUGUGAUGACUGUUGUAACAGUCUUAUUGAGCUUCCCCGCAUGUGCUUCAUCGACCCAGUCCGACACUGCAAGGGCUGUGCUAUCAUUUCCAAACGGGAGAGUGAGUUCUUCGACAAACACCUGAGAAUUUUAUUGGACGGUGGAAGGUUCCUGUUGCGAUCUGACUGUGAUAUUGACGAGGGUGACUUAGUUGUGACUUCAGACAGAGCUUGUGUCUGUACGCUGUCAGUAGAUCACAGGUAUCUAGAAUUUAAAGGCGACACACAAGAGCAAGAGAAUAUCGCAGUCCAGAAGAUCACGUCUGUUGAGGUCACUGGGCCAGAGCAGGACGGACAGGGUCAUGGGGUCACCAUCCAUUACACCGAUGCUGGCGGUGAAGCAGCCUGGCUAAAAAUGGACGUGGAUGACACCUCAGGGCAACGGCAACAGAGCAUGAGUUGGCUGGCUGCGUUGAUCAAGGCAUUUAAACUAAUGCCUGGCUCACAGCAGGCAAGUUCCAGUCCGUAA